CCCAACGUCCCCAGCUUAGGGAAAUGUCCAGUGGCCCCUCAUCCCCAGAGAGCUCCAGGCCUGAUGGCUGGUCAGCCCCACAAGCCCCAGCAGCUCCUUGGGGCUACAGGCAUGUGAAGCAGGAGGCCAGGGGCAGACCCUGGGCCGCUCUCCCAGUCCAGUCCCACCAUGGACUCUGCGUAUGAGGUGGGCCACAUUCGCAAGCUGCAGGCACAGCACGUUGCAGAUGCAGGAGAAGACUUCACCAAGUGGAUCAACAGUAUCUUCCAGCACGGCCGGGUGGGCAUCAAGAUCCAGAACCUGUACACAGAGCUGGCUGAUGGCACCCACCUGCUGCGCCUGCUGGAGCUCAUCUUGGGGGAGGUCCUGCCACCUCCCAACCAGGGCCACAUGCGCAUACACUCCCUAGAGAACAGCAUCCGAGCUCUGGCCUUCUUCAGGACCAAGGUGCCAGUACCCCUCAUUGAGCCAGAGAACAUCAUGGAUGGAGACCAGAUGCUCAUCCUGGGACUCAUCUGGGUCAUCAUUCUGUGUUUCCAGAUUGCCCACAUCUCCCUGGACAGGGAGGAGUUUGGGGCCAGCAGAGCCCUGCUGUCUGCCAAGGAGGCUCUGCUGCUCUGGUGCCAGCGGAAGACGGCCGGCUACGCCAACGCCAAUAUCACUGACUUCUCCGGCAGCUGGAGUGAUGGGCUCGGCUUCAGUGCCCUCAUCCACGCCCACAGGCCAGAUCUGCUUCACUAUGGCUCCCUGCGUCCCGACCCCGCACUGCACCACCUCCACUGUGCUUUCCGUGUGGCUGAGCAGGAGCUGGGCAUCACUCAGCUGCUGGACCCCGAGGACGUGGUGGCCCUACAGCCCGAUGAGCGUUGCAUCAUGACUCACGUCUCCUUCUACUACCACCACUUCUCCCACCUGCACCAGGGGCAGACUGUCCAGAAGAGACUCGCGAAGAUCCUGCUUCAGCUCCAGGAGACAGAGGUGCUGCAGACCCAGUGUGAGCAGCUGGUGGCCGACCUCCUGUGGUGGAUCGCGGAGAAGCCGGUGCAGCUGGAGGCCCGGGAUUUCCCAGACACCCUGCCGGGCAUGCGCCAGCUGCUGGUGGCCUUUGCCUCCUUCCGCACCCAGGAGAAGCCACCGAGGCUGCAGCAGCGAGGGGCCACGGAGGCCCUGCUCUUCCGACUGCAGAUGGCACUCCGAGCCCAGAAUCGCAGGCACUUCCUGCCGCACGAGGGCCUGGGCCCUGCAGAGCUGUCCCAGAGCUGGGCAAGCCUGGAGCAGGCAGAGGCCUCGUGGAGCCAGGCCCUACAGCAGAGGUUCCUGCAACUAGAGAGGUUGGAAACCCUGGGCCGGCGCUUCCAGCGUAAGGCAGCCCUCCAGGAGAGCUUUCUAACAGACACAGAGCAGGUGCUGGACCGGGCUGCAGCCCCGCCAGCCAGCCCGGCCACAGUGGAAGCGGCCACCCAGAGGCUGCGCAUGCUGGAGGCUGGCUUCCUGCCCCAGGAGGGGUGCUUCCAGGCCCUGGCCGAGAUUGCAGACAUCCUCCAGCAGGAGCACUACCAUGGCUGGGCAGAGGUGGCCUGCAGGCAGUUGGAGAUCACUCAGUGCUGGAAGCGGCUCCUUCCGCGGCUGCGAGGGCAGAGGAAGCAGAUGGCAGGCAUGCAGGCUGUGCUGAGCCUGCUGCAGGAAGUAGAUGCCUCCAAGAAGCUCAACCAGCUGCAGGUGCUGGCCAGCUCCACGGCCUGUGGGCAGCAGCUGGCAGAGGUAGUGGAGCUGCUUCAGGGGCAUGACCUGCUGGAGGCCCAGAUCUUGGCCCAUGGUGCCCACGUGAGCCAUCCUGCCCAUCAGACAAUGGAGCUGGAUUCUUCCCUAGGCACUAGUGUGGAAGUGCUGCAGGCCAAGGCCAGGGUGCUGGCCCAGCUCCACCAGAGCCUGGUGUCUCUUGCCAGGUCCCGGCGGGCCUUGCUGGUGCAGACCCUGAAGCGGGCAGAGCUCCUGCACAACUGUGAGGAGGAGGAAGCCUGGUUGAGGGAGCAGGGACAGCUGGUGGAGGAUGCGGCCCUGGGCCCGGAUCUCAGCCAGAUCGCUGCGGCCCUGCAGCAACACAAGGCCCUAGAAGCCAAGCUCCGCCGCCACCAGGCCGUGUGCACUGAUCUCGUUCGGAGAGGACGCGACCUGGGCGCACGCGGGCCCCGAUCGCCAGAUCCCCGGGAACGGGCCGCGGUGGUGCAGGGCGCGUGGCGGAGGCUCUGGGCCCGGGCGGCGGGGCGGGGCGCGCGGCUGCAGGCGGCCCUGCUCGUCCAGCAGUACUUCGCCAACGUGGCGGAGGCAGCCUUGUGGCUCCGGGAGCGGCGGUCAGCGCCAGAGAGCAAGUCCUUUGGGCAGGACCAGGCGGCCGCUGAGGCCCUGCUGUGGCGCCACCUGCGGCUCGAGCGCGCAGUGCGCGUCUUUGGGGCCGAGCUGCGGCGAUUGGACGAGCCCGCGCCGGCCGCAGCCCGGGGGCAUCAUCGCUCCUGCCCUCAGAACCUGUGCUCCCACAGGGACGCACUUCACCCAGCUCCCGGGAGAGACCCUGCAGCCCCUGCGCCAGACGAGCCCCGACACCUGGGAGCUGAAGGACUGGGGGUGCUGCCUGGCCAGGUACCCAUCAGCCACAUCAUGGAACAAGAAUCCCAGGUGGUGUCUGCCCUGAGCUCUCCGAAAGAAGGCCCAAGGAACCCAGGGGCCCCGCGUGAGGUUUCCUGCUACUCUGGCCCCCGGGGCACCCAGAAGAUGGCCCUCCCAGAUGAGCCUGACCCUGCCUUUGACCCCAACACCAUCCUCCAGACACAGGACCACUUGAGCCAGGACUAUGAGGGCCUGCGGACCCUGGCAGAGCACCGCAGGGCCCGGCUGGAGGAGGUGGUGGCCCUGUUUGGCUUCUAUGGCUCCUGUGGGGAGCUGCAGUCCUGGCGGGCAAACCAGACAGUGCCGUUCCGAACACUGCAGCCCCAGGACAACUUGGAGGUCAUGCAGCUCAAGUGUGAGAAAUUCCUCACUGCCCUGGCUGUGGGAAGAGGCCUCUGGGCUGAGGUUAGCAGCUCCGCUGAGCAGCUGAAGCAGAGAUGUCCUGGAGAUUUCCCCAAAAUCCAGCAACAGCAGGAGGAACUGAACUGGAGGUGGGAGCAGCUGGAGGCCCUGAAGAAAGAGAAGGAAACACAGCUGGCAUGCACCACACAUGUGUGCAGUUUUCUGCAGGAGUGUGGAACCACAUGGGUCCAGCUGCAAGACAUGAUACUCCAGCUAGAAACCCCAGAGCCGGGGCACUUAGAGGACAGCCACCGCGUCCUGCAAGUGAGCCAGCAGAAGAUGCUGGCGUGGGAGAGAGGCAAAGGGCAGCCAGCGAGUACGGCCUGGGUUUGGCACCGUGAAGGCCUGAGCAGGGUUCUGGAACGGGGAAGAGGACAGAAAUUGAGGUGGGGAGGACGGGCAGGAUGUGCUGUCCGAAGGGCAGGGCACAGACUGGGGAACAGUAUGAGAACGUGCUCAUGGCGAAAGGCAGAGCCACACGUGUUUGCUGCCCCUAGGUGGAGGGUGAGGGGCCAGUUUAGAGUCGCCACCACUGGCCCUGGGGAGCACAGGCCCAGGCACUGGGCCCAGGGCAGGGCCCGGACUAGGCAGUGGGCCCUGUCUCACAGGGUAGAGGAGCUGGGCCCCACAGAGAGCCAGUCCCUGCAGGGACAGGUGGAGACGCCGUAGGGGCUGCUGGAGCGAGUGCAGGAGCAAGUGAGCUGACGGGCCUGGGCGCAGGCCCUCCAGGGCUUCCUGCAGGGGAGCUGGUGGCUACUGCAGGCAGGUGGCUUCCGGGCUCAGCUGCACAGCGAGGAAGAGGAGGUGGUGGACGUGGCCUCAGCCCAGCGGCUUCUGGCGGAGCACCGAGACCUGCUGGAGGAGAUUCACCUGCAGCAGGAGAGGCUGCAGCAGCUGGAGGCUCAGGGCCAGCCCAUGGCAGCCUUGGACUCCCCGGACUCCCGAGGGGCGGCCAGUACCCUGAGGCUCCUGGGCCAGCAAGGCAGGAAGUUGAAGGCCGCCUGGGAGCAAAGACAGCAGCGGCUGCAGGAGGGGUUGAAGUUGCAGAGGUUUGGUCGAGAAGUGGAUGUUUUCACUGCCACCUGUGCCAACCAUGAGACCUUCGUACAGCUGGACAGCCUCGCGGAGGACAUGGGGAAGGCCCAGAGCCUGCUGCAGCAGCACCAGGAGUUUGAGUGGCUCCUGGAUGCCCUGGGCCCUCAAGCAGAGGAUCUGCGGGCACGUGGCAAGAAGCUGGCUCAGAGCCAACACAGAGCAGCUGCUGCGCGCCCAGGCACAGUGGACCAGGCUCCAGGGGAGCGCGGCCUGGGGUCGGCAGCUGCCGCCUUCCCUCCAGCUCCAGGGGAGGGGCCGGCACAGGAAUGGAAGCAGGACGUGGCAGAGGUGAUGCUGUGGAUGGAGGAGAAGUGGCAGAUGCUGGCGGACGAGCCAUCCGAAGAGCCUGGCAACAUCCUGCAGAAACCCAGGUGGCACAGAACAGCUGAGCGUGAGCUGGUGGCCACCCAGGGGCACGUGGAGGGCCUGCAGCAGGUUGGGAGAGAGCUGUUGAGCAGCAGGCCCCGUGCCCAGGAGGACGUGCAGGCCGGGCUUCAGGGCCUGAGCAGCAAGUGGGAAGAGGUGAACCGCCAAAUGGCAGAGCAUGGGAAGCAGCUCUGGUGGGCUUGGCAGCAGGACCAGCUCCUGGGGCUGCUGCAGGAAACCAAGGAGAAGAUGGAGCAGAUAGAGGGGCCCCUGCAGAGUGCAGAAAUGGGGCAGGACCUGGGCUCAAGCCGGGGGCUGCAGAGACAGCACCAUCAGCUGGAGGCCGAGAGCCAGGCGCUGGCCGGCAAGAUGGCUGCCCUCGUUCCCCAGGCCCACCAGGUGGUCAAUACCCAGACCAUCGUGGAGGAGACCCAAAAGUACCUCCAGAGGUUCGAGUCCCUUCAGGGAUGUCUGGCCGCCCGGCGACUGCAGCUGCAGGCCUCCGUUGAGCUGUACCAGUUCCACCACCUGAGCGACAUGGAGCUCACUUGGGUGGCAGAGCACACGCCUGCACCCAGCGCUGGCUCCGAGAAAUACUUGAAUGUCGCCCACAGUCUGCUCCGCAAGCACGAGGAGCUCCGCGCAGAGGUGAAAGCCCACCAGGGACAGGUGUGAAGGGUGCUGGGUUCCGGCCGCAGCCUUGCAGCCUCAGGGCGCCCCCAGGCCCAGCACAUCGUGGAGCAGUGCCAGAAGCUGGAAGGCCGCUGGGCGGAGCUGGAGCAGGCCUGUGAGUAUUUCCUGGACAUAUCAGAGCUGGAGGACUGGGUGGAGGAGAAGUGGCCUCUGGUGAGCAGUCAGGACUGUGGCGGGGACGAGACAGCCAUGGUCAGGCUCAUCAAGAAGCACUAGGCCCUGCAACAGGAACUGGCUUAUUGGAGUUCCAUAGAGGAGCUUGACCAGAGAGCCCAAACCCUCACUGGCCCCGAGGCCCCUAUGCAGCUGGGCGUGGUGCAGCAGAGGCUCCGGGAGGGGCUGCGGGCACUGCAGGAGUUGGCAGCCACACGGGACCGGGAGCUGGAGGGGACCCUGAAGAUGCACGAGUUCAUCAGGGAGGCCGAGGACCUGCAGGGCUGGCUGGCCAGCCAGAAGCAGGCAGUCAGGGGAGCAGAGAGCCUUGGGGAGGAGGACGUUCUGCGCUUCUGCACCAAGUUUGCAAAGUUUCAGCACCAAGUAGAGAUGGGGGGCCAACAGGUGGCAACCCGCCAGCAGCUGGCAGAGAGCCUGCUAGAAUGUGGGCACAGCGCUGCCCCUCAAGCCUGUCAGAUGCAGCAGGAUCUGCAGGCUGCCUGGUUGGAGCUGUGGGCGCUGACCCAGGCCCACGGCCGCCUGCUCCGAGACGCUGAGAUCACCCUCAAAGUUCACAGAGAUCUGUUGGAAGCCCUCCCUCACCCAGGUCCAGAAAGCCACAGCCUCCCCUGUGGUGUGGCCUGGGACCUGUGUGGGCUGGGGGCCCAGCUGAGGAGACACGAGGGGCUGGAGCAUGAACUCGUGGGCACUGAGCGGCAGCUGUAGGAGCUGCUGGAGACUGGAGGAAUGGUGCAGAAGCUGGGGCCCGGGCCUCAGGCCCAAGCGGUGCAGCAGAGACAGCGGGCCCUGGUGCAGGCUUGGGAGGCCCUGAAGCUGCACGUGGAGCGGCGCCGGGCCCAGCUGGAGCGGGCAUGGCUCCUGGCCCGCUUCCAUGCAGCGGUGAGGGCUCUUCCCUCCCCAGGCUCUGUGUGCGUGUGUGUAUUGUACCGUGAGUGUGCAUGCACUAAUGAGACCCUCCAACCCUGGAGGGAAGACGAGUGGGGACACGAGGAGGAAGAGCACUGGCAGCUGCAGGUGGAGGAGAUCUCCCAGGAGCCCGGCAGUGGCCUGCUGAAGCUCAGUGCCCACCAAUAGCUUCGGGCAGUGCCGGAGGCCCAGGAGGAGCUGCACCAGCAGGCUGCCCCGGUGGGCCAGCAGGCACUUUUGGAAACUGCAGGGACAUCCAUCAAGGAGGUCCAGGAAGGGCUGCAAGUCCUGCAGGACAAGCAGCAGCAGGUGUUCCAGUCCUGGGAGCAGAAACAGGAGAGGCUGCAGGCCAUGUACCAGGAGCAGCUCUUCCUCAGAAAGCGUGGCCGCCUGGACGAGACCCUCACGGCCCGGGAGGUCUUCCGGAGAACCAGUGCCCUGGGGAGCUCCGUGGAACAGGUGGAGCAGUUGAUUCGCAAGCAUGAGACAUUCCAGAAGGUGCUGACUGCCCAGGACGAGAAGGCGGCUCUGUGUGAGCAGGUGAAGAUGCUCGGGGGCCCCAGGGCGCAGAACCUGCUCUGCAGCUUGCUAGAGCGCUGGGCUCGGGUGGCGGAGAGCCGGGGACACACCCUGCACGCCUCCCUGCUGAUGACGGCCCUCAUCAGGGCCGCCUUCCAGGCCGAGGACUGGAUCCAGGAGUGACUCCAGCAGCUGAAAGAACCAGUCCCUCCUGGGGACCUGAAAGAUAAGUUGAGGCACAUGCCGAAACACCAGGCCUUCGAGGCUGAGGUCCAGGCCCAUGAGGAGAUCAUGACCUCUGUUGCCAAGGUAACAGCCAGGCCCUCAGCCCACACCCUGCCCCAAAGACACCUGCAGUCCAUCCACUGUCAAGGACCCCAGCCCCGUGUAGCCGUGAACCCCACCCAGUGUCUAAGCUGUGGCAGCCUCAGCCCAGACACGGUGGAUGAUGCCCACAUCAGGAGCGUCAAUGACUUGUCCCUGCAGUCCAAGAACCAGGACCCUGAGCAACUCAACACCACCUGCCAACGGUGGAACAGUUUCCAUGGCAACCUGCUCUGCUACCAGCGGCAGCUUGAAGGGGCCCUGGAGAUACACACGUUGUCCCAAAAGCUGGAUGACCUCACUCAGCAGAUCGGGGAGAAGGCCACCCUGGUCCAGGCCCUGGACUGUGGGAAAGAUCUGGAGAGCAUGCAGAGGCUGAGGCGGAAACACGAGGAGUUGGAGCAGGAAAUAGGCCUCGUCCAGGCCCAGGUGGAGCCUGUAGAGCAUGAGGUAGGCCGCUUCUGCCAGAGAAGCCCUGAGGCCGCCCACACCCGCCGCAAGCAGCAGGCAAUGAUGGGCAGCUGGUGGCAGCUCUGGUGUGGGGCCCAGAAGCGGAAGGAGUCGCUGGAUGCCUUGCACCAAGCUCAGAAGCGGCAGGCAACGCUGCAGGAAUUGCUGAUCUGGGCCCAGAGGCUGCGAGCUGAGAUGGACGCCCAGAGCACCCCCAGCAGCCUCGCGGAUGUCCAGAGCAUGUUGGAGGAAUGCCAGGAUCGCAAGGCCGAGCUGGAUGCCCAAACAGACAGCAUCAGCCUGGCCCGAAGCACUGGGCAAUGACUGCUUGCCGCCGGGCACCCAUCCACCCCCGACAUCCGCCAGGCCCCGGCUGGUUUAGACCAGGAGCUGAACAGCCUGGAAGGGGUCUGGCAGGAACACCAGCUCCAGCUGCAUCAGGCCUUGGAGCUACAGCUGGCUCUGAGCUCUGUGGAGCAGGUGGAAAGUUGGCUCUGCAGCCUGGAAGCCUGCCCAGCCAGUGAGGGUCUCAGGGACUCCUUGAUUGACGUGGAAACACUGCUGUGGAAGCAGAAGAUGCAUGAGCGAGACCUGGAGGCACAGGCGGAGGCGAUCAGCGCGCUGGAAGCCUCCACCCGCAGCCUGCACCAGGGUGGACAGCCCGAGACCCAGGGUGCCCUGGGCCGGUGCCAGGCCAUGCUCCUGAGGAAAGAGGCACUCCUGGAGCAAGCCAGGACCUGUCGCCACCAGCUGGAGGAGCUCGGGCAGCUGCAGCCUUUCCUGCAGGGUUCCUACGAGGUGGCUGCAUGGCUGAGGGAGAAGAACCUGGUGGUCCUGGAAGAGGGCUGGCAGGACCCAGCCGGGCUGCAGGCACAGUUGCGGCGGCCGCAGAAUCUCCAGACGCAGGACACGAGUGUACACCACCAGCAAAGGCUGCAGACGGAGGGGCAGAGGCUGCUGCGGGAUGGCCUCACAUCCUCAGAGACCAUGCAGGAGCGGCUGCAGGAGCUGAGAGAACUCUGGGAGGAGCUACAGGCCAACUGCCAGAGGAAGGCAGCCAAGCUACAGGAGGCCCGUGAGGUGAGGCUGUGCGGCCCUGGAGCGGCUGGGUGCAGCUCUAGAUUCUCCCUCUCGUGCCCACCUCACAUUCUGCCUGGGAAGGCCACUGCCUGGCCCAAGAUGUGGAAGAGCAGGCCCAGCGGCUGCUUCAGCGGUAAAGCCGUCCCUCCUCUCUGCCCCCCAGCUCGGCUCCUCGGGGCCCUCCCUGCCCACGGUGAGGGGCACAGAGCGGGCGAGCUGGUGUGCAGGUCACGGUGUGGCCCUGAUCCUGACGACCAGGGUGCCCCCUGCCCCGGGCCCGCCCUCCACUGCUGCAGGUUUGAGAGCCAGCGGGCGCCCCUGCGGGAGCGCAGGACAACCCUGGAGGCCCGGAGCGUCCUCCUGCAGUCCUUCAAGGACGCUGACGAGGAGAUGGCCUGGGUGCGGGAGAAGCUGUCCCUGACGGCCGCUCGGGACUGCGGCCAGAGCCCCAGUGCCCUGCAGCGCCUGCAGGAGAAGUGCCAGAACCUGGAGACUGAGAUGAGCAGCCCUGAGGCUCUGACCCAGGCGGCGGUGGGCACAGGGCACGAGCUGGUGCAGGCUGGGCACUUUGCUGCCCGUGACGUGGCUGCCCGGGCGCGGUAGCUGGAGGAUGCCGUGGGCCGCCUGCAGGCAGAGGCUACGCAGAGGCGACAGCGGCUGCAGCAGGCUCAGGAGGCCCAGCAGUUCAUGAUGGAGCUCCCAGAGGCAGGAUCCUGGCUGGAAGAAUGGGGCUGUGUUCAAGAACGGGACAUUGAGCAUAUGGGCCAGAGUGCCGAGGCCACGCAGGCCUUUCUGCGGUGGCUGGAGGCCACCAGGAGAGACCUGGAGGGGUUCAGCACACGCAUCGAGAGGCUGCAGCAGACAGCAGCCCUCCUUGAGAGCGGGCAGAACCCAGAAAUCCCCAAGUUGCUCGCCCUGAUGCUCGCAGUGAGGGACACCCACUCAGGGCUGUUGCAGAGAGCAGAGGGCAGGGGGAAAGGCCUUCGGGAGCAGCUGCAGCUCCACCAACUGGAGCGGGAAGCCCUGCUCCUGGACGCCUGGCUGGCCAGCAAGGUGGCCACUGCCGAGUCCCAGGACUACAGGCAGGACCUGGAGGCCGUCAAGCUGCUGGAAGAGAAGUUCGGUGCUUUCAGAAAGGAAGUCCAGAGCCUGGGACAGGCCAAUGUGCAGGCCCUGUGGAAGCAGGCAGGCUCCUUGGAAUGGGCAGCACCCAGGCGCUCUCCCCAGAUUCAAGGGCAGCGGAGUCACAUCGAGGCCAUUUGGGAGAGACUGGGCCGGGCAGUGAAAACCCGCACACAGAACCUGGCCAUGGCCCAUGAGGUCUGCGGCUUUGAGCAGGUAGCAGCCGAGCUCCGGGGCUGGAUGCAGGAGAAGGCGGCCCCGGUGGCAAGAGAUGCCUGUGGCCGCAGCCCGGCGCCAGUGCAGACCCUGCAGCAACAGCACAGAUGCCUGGAGGGGGGACUGGCAGCGAUGGAAAAGGAGGGGGCCCAGGUGCAGAUGGGGCCCUGCCAGCUGGGCCAGCUACACCCUGUGGCUCAGGAGGGCCUGGCCAAGCAACUGGCUGAGGUGCAAGAGGCCUGGGCCACCCUGAAUGCCAGGGUCCAGGGGCGGGGUCGGCAGCUGGAGGAGGCUGCCCAGGGCCACGCCUUCCUCGGACGCUGUCGGGAACUGCUAGCAUGGGCUCAGGAGAAGCAGGGGCUGGUGUCCUCAGAGGAGCUGGCUGGGGAUGUGUCUGGGACCGAGCGGCUCCUGGAGCUGCUGGAGGAGCUGGGGCAACAAAUCAAGGGGCACUGCCCAAGAGCCCAGGAUGUACAGCAGGAAGGGCAGCAGCCGGUGGACAAUGGCCGCUUCAUGUCCCUGGAGAUGACAGAGUGCCUGCAGGAGCUGGACGGUCGGCCGCGGGCACUCAGGGAGGCCUGGACCCUGCACUGGGAGCGCUGUGAGGGGAGCUGGCAUCUGCAGAAGCUGCAGCAGUGGCUGGACCAGGCUGAGGCCUGGCUGGCGUGCCGGGAGGACCUCCUGCUGGACCCCAACUGCAGGCGCUCGGUGUCAGAUGUGGAGUGGCUGCUCCACAGACACCAGGACUUAGAAAAGCUGCUGGCUGCCCAGGAGGAGAAGUUUGCUCAACUGCAGAGGAAGGCAGGGAGCCCUUGGGAAGCUGGUGGCCCGGAGCACAGCUGACCGAGACAGCACAGCUGCAGCCACGUGUCCCCGUCGGGCCUCGCAUACCCUUUGCCACCACUGUCUCCCUGGAGAGCGCGGCAGGGACCUUCGGGCCCGGCGUGAGCCCCAGGGACGGCUGCCCUGGGGCCUCGGGGGGCAGCUGCCCGAGCCUGCUCCAGGACGAGCGGAUGGCAGCCAAGAACGCGGCUUCCACAGCCACCCUUGACCUCGCAGAAGCCCAGCGUGAGAGACCAAGGGAUCACCAAGAUGGAAAACACACUUUCCCCUUAAGGUGAGCGCCAUGUCGGGGGAGAGACACGCUGACUUGACAGGCACAGCCCCCCAAGGGCAGCUGAGGGGGCUGGAGGCAGCUGGGCUCAUGACUGGGCCGCAGGCUGCCUGCGGUAGAGACCGUUUGCAGCACCAUCUGAAGGGCAGGUUGAGAGCUGGCAUGGAGCCCCCGAGCAGCGCGGCAGGCAGGCUCCAGGGGAAGCCUGGGGAACGGAGCAGGCGCGAGGGGCAUUGAUUCCCUGGGCCCCAAGCUGCUGGCACUGGAUGCGUCCUUGGAAGUUUCACAUCUACUAUCUCUGUGCCUGAGAGCCCCCGGUCUGAGCCCAGAGCUCCGAGCCAGGCCCUUGGGCUUCCCAGCUGAGCGCUCUGCUGAGAGGGUGUUCGGCCCAGCCGCUCCGCUCAGGUUCCCCGGCUGCCCCCACCCUCCUCGCCAAGGGAGACACGACUGCGCCGACAGCCACCCUUGGCCCGUGGGCUCCCGCAGAGGAAACUGCACGAGGCUCCCGCUGGCUGUCUUGCUCAGGCCAGACCCACGGUCUGGGCCCUGAAGCGAACCUGCAGGUGGCAGCGAACCUGCAGGUGGCACCAAACCUCAGGGCUACAAGCGAGGACACCCUCAAGGGGACCAGGAGACCCAGCUAUCAGACCCCUGGGACCAACAUCUGGAAUAGACGGU